AGGUCAGAAGGAAGGGGGGAACCUCCAAGGAACACAAGUGUCCUGGUGUGGGGCUCAGCCCUUCCUCAGCCCUGUUGCUGCGGGGGGCAGCUAUGGAGAAAAGGGAGGAAGGUUCUUGCAGCUUCACUUCCUUUCUGGAUUCCUACCUCUCCAGCAGAAGGUAGUGGCUGUGGAUGGGACAACCGGAGAAAAGGGUAGUCUUAAGGACUAGGAGCUUGUUCAGUUCGCUUGUCUUGGAGCUUUUCUCUUGGACUGGAAAGGAACAUAUUGUGCAUUCAUCCCAUCUCCCUGCAACCACCUACAGACUGAGUCUCCAUCUGCAGUCUCGGAGUCCAUCUUGUAUAUGCUAAUCCUGAACAUUUGGACCCCUUGACAUAGUUACUGGGGGACACCCCCCCCCAAACAGGGGCAGGAUGGAGGUGGAGGAGGCAUACAACGGAAGCAUGGCCCUGGGCACUCGGACAGCCAUGGCAAUCAUUGGAGCAGAAGAUGAGGACUUUGAAAAUGACAUUGAACCUUUCCGGAAUUCAGAUGACCAAAUCGGCUUGUUUCAGAGCCUGGAAGUCAUGAAGAAGCAUCCAGCCUACUUGAUGGUGUUUCUACAACAUGUGGUGCUACAGUUCGACUCCAGUCCUGUGCUCUGUUAUCUGCAUGUGGACCUCAUACUCCACCUCGGGCCCAAGGAGGGGAAGAAGCAGUUAGCUGAAUUUUGCCAUACCUUCCUGGAUAAAGCUGCGCUGCUGAGGGUCCCCAUCUCGAUUGCUAUGCAAUUCGAUCUGGAACGAACACGACCAGACCUCUUUUCUGAUGACCAACAGCGGCGGUUUCUGCGUGAGAUCCAGGCUUACCAAGAACCAGAGAUUGCCCGGCAGCUGGAGGACUUCAGGGAAAAAAGGAAGAUGGGCAUGACACCAGGGGAAGCGGAGCUCUUUGAGCUGGAAUGCUACCGUACCAAGGACCGAGAUAUCCGUGGAGCCAAGGAGAAGCAGCUGGCUGAGUUGCUGCUGAUCAGGCUGGAGGAUAUGCACCCCACCAUUUCUACCGACGAGGAGAAAAGCUCUGCCAUUUUCGCUGCCAUCGUGACCUAUAUGAAGUACCUGGGGGUUAAGACCAAAGCAGCGGAUAGUAAGAAAUCCAAAGCCAACUUCUUCCGCAAGAAGAUUUCAGGGAACAAGAAGCCUGAAGAAGCUACUACCAAACCGAAAAAGGGCUUUAGUAUUUUGGAUCCUGCUCGCUGGAACCGUGGUGACUCCCACUAUUCUGAUUACAGACAAUCCAAACCUGAGGGUGAAGCAGCGGAUAAGACACUGGCUUUGGACAAAAGAGGAGCAAAGUUUGGAGAGGGAAGCUCAGGGCGGGGCAAGGGAAGCCCUUCCGGGUCAGACCCCCCAGGAGUGUCCGUCACUGUCCACCCCCCACCCGGGGAGAGCAAUGAUGGAGAACAGGGAUCGGACAAUCAGGUUCAGGCCGAUUCGGGCGAUUCUCCAGUUACAGAGCAAGCACUGGCAGGCGAGCAGCCCCCCAUGGAUGAUGGUGCAGAAAAUGAAAGUUUGGAGCCGGGAGGGGCCGAGGGAGGUGAGCCCCCGCCGUCCUUUCUGCCUCCCCAGUCUGAGGAGACUGAGCCGCGCGUUUCGGAACUGGAGCUGGAACCGCCAAACUGGCGGGAGCUCGUCCCCCCCGACACCCUCCUCAGGCUGAAGAAAAGUGAAGUGAAGCGGCAAGAGGUGAUCAACGAGCUGUUCAUCACAGAGCACGCCCAUCUGCGGAUGCUACGGGUGCUGUUGGAAGUUUUCUACCUACCCUUGCUGGCAGAGGGGUUCUUCGAGGACAGAGAGUUGGUGAACAUCUUCCCCGGCCUGGAGGACUUGAUCGAUGAACACAAGGUCUUUCUGGAUCGCCUGAAGAAGCUGAGGGAGGAAGACCAUUCUGUGGUUUCCAAGAUUGGAAACACUCUGUUGGCUCGGUUUGCUGGAGAAGAUGGAAAGUGGUUCCAGAAGAUCUCGGCCCGCUUCUGCAGCCGCCAGUCUUUUGCCCUGGAACAGUUGAAGGCCAAGAAGAAAGAUCCCCGUUUCAACCAGUUCAUCCAGGAGGCUGAAAGCCAGCCUCGAUGCAGGCGGCUCCAGCUGAAGGAUAUCAUCCCCAUUGAGAUGCAGAGACUGACCAAGUACCCGCUGCUUCUUCACAACAUUGCCAAAUGCACUGAGGAGGCCGAGGAACGCCAGAAGGUGCUGGAAGCAGCUGGAUGCUGUCGGCAGAUACUCAACCAUGUCAACCGGGAGGUGCGUGACAUGGAAAACAUGUUGAAACUCAAAGAUUACCAGCGUCGCUUGGAUCUCUCCAACCUGAAGCAAAGUACUGAUCCGUUGCUGUGUGAAUUUAAGAACUCUGACAUCACCAAGAGAAACCUUGUGUGUGAGGGACCCUUGACUUGGCGUAUUACCAAGGAUAAAUCAGUUGACGUCCAUGUUCUCUUGCUGGAUGACAUGUUGGUCCUUCUUCAGAAGCAGGAAGACCGCUUGGUCCUCAAGUGCCACAGCCGUACCAUCACCCCAACCCCUGAUGGGAAGCAGAUGCUGAGCCCCAUUAUCAAGCUCAACUCAGCCAUGACCCGCGAAGUGGCCACAGAAACCAAGGCCUUCUACGUGAUUUUCAGCUGGGAGAAAGGAGCUCAGAUCUAUGAGCUGGUAGCCCAGACAGUGUCGGAGAUGAAGAACUGGUGUAAUACUAUCAAUGACACGGCCGGAUGCCUGAAGCUGCCCGUUUCUGACCGGCCUAAAGGGCGUAACUCGGUGCCGAACCGGACUUCGCCGCCUAGCCCAAGCUACAACUACUCGGAGGUUCUGCUGGGUGGAACGGAGAACGGCAGCUCCCUCAAAGAGUCGUUGCAGCUGGAGGAACGGGAGAAGGAUGGGACACUGGAAGGGGUUGAGUUUGAGGAACGGAGCCCAGUGGGCAAGCAGAAGCUAGGCAAGCCGGUGGAGGAGUUCUUGGCUGUCAUACGGACCGUCUACAAGCCUCAGCCUGAUGGGCAGGGAACUCUGGCCGCUGCUGCCCAGGAUAGAGUUACGGCCCUGAAGAGGCUACUGCAGGUAUCGGAGGAAGGAGAGGCCGUCUUCCCAGCAGAGCACACGGAUCGCCCACCGGAGAACGGGAAUCCCCGAGAGAAGGAAGAAGAUGUGGAGUGGGAUGUAGGCCAUGGGACCAAGACAGAAGGCAGUAGGAGGCAUGACGGAGAGGGUAUGAGAACAGGAGGUGCCCCAAAUGGCCCCCACGAGCCAGAGUGGGGCUCGGAGCACCUGGACAGAGAACGGCCCAGUUUCCCCAUCAUUCUGUCCCAUCAGCAGUCCGAUGGGGUGAAACAUCACUUGCGGCUUCUUGAAGACGCGGUUCAGGGUUUGAAGGAUAUUGAAGCGGAUUAUUGGCGCCUGCAGCAGCUGAUGGGAGAACUUGCAUCAUCACAACAGCUGAGUUCUACAUGAGGCUUGGCCCAACAGGGAAGGCCUGACCCAAGCAAGGAGGAGGAAGUUCUCUCUGCAGCCUGCUUUCUCCUGCCUAGAUGGUUCUUCCCCAGCAUCUGCAAUCAAAUGGGACCUGCGCUUCUUUUUGUAUAGAGGACUUGGAAGUGUCGAGUGAGCUUCUGAGGGUUAUAUGUGUACAUAGACAUUUUUUCCUGCCUAAACCAAGCUAUAAGGGGCCAUUUUUAGAGCUGGGAAGUGGCAUAUCUGUAAGAUGUACCAGCCGCCUGAGGAUUUAUAAGGUUUUCUUGAUGUUAUGAGAGGUUUUCUUCUUGUUAAGUUCUGCAGUGUCAGUACCAAAGAGGAAAAAGUUAAGUUCUGGUGAUUAGCUUUCUGGUGGACCAAAGAUGGGGGCAAUGCAUAGCCAGCUCCGCAGAGCCCCCCAGAGGACAAGAUUUGGCUGGCUGGGGCCAGAUCAACAGCCAGAGAACUUGGCAUCCUUCUUCCAAAACUGGCCAGCCAGGUACCUCAGGGAAGGUUUGCAAAGAGAGCUUGAUCGCAAGAUUUAUCCCCAACCACUCCUGUUAAUCCCCUGGGGCUGGUGAUAGAAGCCUCCUAGCGGCAUAUCAUAGCAACUGACAGGCAUAUUCUAUAUAUAUAUUUGCCUGACUUUUAUUUAAAAGUCAGAGAUGAUUAUCGCAGUCACAGCAGUGAGUUCCACAGGAGGAAGAAACCUGCUCCGUUCUCCAGCAGUGGAAGGACUGCAUCCGGAGGAUGGGUUUGCUUCUGCCAUCCACUUCUGAGACAGGCCAAUCAGGUUUAGACCUGUCUUGCACCCGGAGAGCAGCGUUGCUUGUGCUUUCCAGUCCCAGCCCCGCCUCGUUCCCUAAAUUGGGGCAGCCUCAUAGUUGGCUUCACAGAGCUGGCAGUAGUUUUCCUUUCUUUUUGGUUUUUUGGUUGCUUGUUCUCCCUCAUCUUUCCUUCUCCUUCCUCCUAGUGUGGAUUAGCUAGCCAGGAGGGAGGAGGGGCAGAGAAGGGAAAGCAGAUGAGCUGCUACUCUCUAAACUUUAAAUGUUUGUUUUCCUAGACUUACCCUAUUUCUCCUUCCCCACCCCAAUUGUUUCCUUAAAACCCUUCCACUUUGUUCUAAACUUCGCUCUGUCAUAUGUAUAUCCUUUCCUGCCUCAUUUGCCCAAGGGCGGAAUGUGCACAAGUGUUCUCUCCAACCCUUUGGUCAACCUAUCCUUCUGUAGCAGUCUCCCUAUUGGAGCUGUUACAUUCUGUGUUUUAAGCCAGGCCCAGCACCAAUCCAGCCCCUGAAUCAUCCAGCCUGAAGCUUGUGCCUCUGAGAGCCCUGGUGUCCUAAGGCGGGCUUCUCCCGCACUGCCACAACUGUCUUCUGAAGAGAAAGAUGGUCAUAAGGAGGAGAGAUUACAGUACACAGAAAAGUAGAAGUGCAAAAAAUGGAGAACUCGGGUUUCAUAUUUCAGGUUGGAUUAAAGAUAGUCAUGAGUCUGGGAAGGUUGGAGGCAGUGGUGUUCCCUGGAAGCUUAUUGGGGCUUUUGUUGAUGAGGCGAUAAGUGGUGACCAUGUCCCAGAAUCCUUUGCAAUGAGCAUAGCAGACAGUUAGGGAUUCCUUGAUGUGGAAGGUUGGGAAAUCGUUGCCCUUGAGGGGGAACCCAGUCCAUUUUCUCCACCUUCACCUCUGCUUUUUUCUCUCUGUCUCCCCAUCGCAAGUCUUGAGAAAUCCAGGACUUGCUUAGCUGAGCUGCUUUGCAGCGUUUGCCAAGGAGUAUCUUGUCCAUUUGACAUGUGACAGUGUUGGCAUGUGACAGGAAUCUCAUAAGCGACUCUUUAGCCGUCAACCUUGCUAUGAAGGCACCUCUGCUGCGGCAUGGGAAAGUGAAAAAGGACAGUUUUCCUGGGGGUUCCAUCUGCCACAAAAGUCACAUGCAGUUCUCUCACUGCCUUCUUGUGACAUGCUGUUCCACAAAGCAGGCAGCAGGUGGAGCGGGUCGGUAAGUAACCAGAGGUGCUCAGCUCCUGAGGGAUGUUUGGCUGUUGAGGCAUCUUGGAGGAAGAAGCGGGUGUGGCUGUCGUCACUACUGUUGGGCCUACAGGAGGUGUGGAGUACUGAGUUUGCUCAGCUUUUGCUAGCCCUGGUUACUCUCUUGCUGCAUCAUAACACCUCUGCUUACUCCGCUGUACACACACAUACACGCGUGCAGCAUAUGCACACCCCUACCUACCUAUUGAUUGGCCAUGUUGUCCAAACUGGAGGGUUGUGUCUGCCGGUUGCUAGGCAACCACAGUGUGCUCCCCUCUUCCCCCUUGAAAAAUCCCAGCUAUUGAGACUAGACAAGGGGGUGGAUAUGAGAGGUCACAGAAGCAGAGCUGGACCUGGCCUGAUGGUGGAGGGUGGGGAGAAAGGGACCAUGUGUGUCCAGAGGAAGAAGCAAAGGGAAGCAUGUAGGCCCCCAGAGUGGAGGGGAGCUGGUGAAUCCAGGCUUCCAUCUGUGUUAUUGGAGGCUGAACUGCCCUAUUGUUGUACACGUUCCACUUCUUCCAAGUGCCUUUAUAUUUGUUGAUAAUGUGUUUGUAUUUUUAAACUCACAUUUUGCUGGGAUAUUUUAUAUAUAUAUAUGUUUUUUGGGCAGUAUAUAAAUAUGUCACACACACACAGCCUUGACUUCCUUAGCUGAGGCUGCAAACAAGGAAUCUUGAGCUUUUUCCAUAGAGUGGUGUUAUAUAUAUAUAUAUAUAUAUAUAUAUAUAUAUAUAUAUAUAUAUAUAUAAAUAAAUUUACAUAGAGUGGCUUGUUUGUUUAUAUCAAUGGCUGUAUGGAUAGAUAGAGUCUUAGCAUUUAGGAUUCCCUCCCACCCUGUCCCCUGUUAUUGUACAAAGAGUAUACACCAGGCUAUUCAGGGGACGUGUGACUUCACCCUUUCUUGACUUCCCAGUAUUAUAGAGUGUAUAAUAGUGCCUGUCAAAUCCGUUAUUGUCAGAUGGGGUGUCCUUAAAAGUCACACUUUUAAAAAAAUCUGGAUUAAGUGAACCAGAAUAAAUCAAAUAUGCAAAUCCCCAGGAUCCGUUUUCAGAGUUUCUGAUGUUGCUGUGUUGCGCAUUGAGGAGCAUUCUCAAGACUGCAUCAUGUGGAUUAGAUUACCCUGCAGUAGUACAUCUAUUGCUGUUCCACUGACUCAGGAUUUGGACUUGCUUGGUGGACCAAGUACUCACAAGCAGUGUUCUCUCUCAUAUAUUUUUUCCCCCAUCUGUGUGUGGAAUGAGUUUUGUUCUGGGCGGUAGUAUCAAGGCAGUGUGUGUGCACGUGCAUUCAGAAAGGGCCUUCCUGAUUCAACUUGAGCGGGAUCUAAAAUGAACUGAAUGGUUCAUUUAAAAAGUUGUGAGCUCAUACACGUGUGUAUGCCUUAGAGGGAUCACUGCUCUCAAGAACCAGGCUCAGCUGCCUCUGCUGUAGCUGCUGACCAGCGUGUAAACCUUCCUUGUCCUUUUUUUUAAAAGUUUCUACCAGCGAGAGAAAGCUGCAGUACUGUGUGCCUCUUCUCACUAUCUAUCCCCAACAGAGAAUCUAAUAGACAGCUAGUAAAGAGUCUAUUUUAGGAAGGGGUGAGUUGCUACUGAAUGUAUUUCACUUCCUUUUGUAUGACCUGAAAAGUGAAGAGUUGAGCAGUGUUGUUUCCCGUCAUCAGUUUAACAAUCCACAUGUUACAGGUACUUUCUCACAACCCUAUCCUAAUCUGUGCCAAUUUUAUCCUGGAUCUCUUGACCUGGAGUGCCAUUACAAUUGCUAGAUUUGUAUGGCUAUUUUUUUGUUUGGUUUUUUAAAACUCAUUUUUGGAAGAGUGCCACAAAUUGCACCUGGUACUAUGCUUGAUUUCUCUCCACCUUCUGGCCCAGAUUGUGUGAACAAAAGGAACUACCAAGGGGUGACUAAUCUGCUGUGAAAAGAUCUUGAGAAUACUCUCACAAUGGCCAGACUUUACCAUCCCCUCAUAAGCCUCAUUACGGACUUUGGUGUUUGGCUUAGAUAGGAGUGUAGUCAUCUCCACCCAGCAGGUUUUUGAUGUGGACUGCCUGGGAAUAGUAGUUGGAGGAAAAACCUUUCCCCUGCCCCCCCAGAGAUGGGGCAUCGGGUGGGAUUGAGAUCCGUAUAAUGAUGGAAGGCACGAGUGGAUCUAGGGAGAGAAGAGGAUCAGUGUUCCCUCUCUGCCCCUAGGACAUGUUCCCUCCCACUACAGGUGCAGGGACCAUGCCUCCGCUCGCUCGUAUAAAUAGAAACUGAAAGCUUUGUGUAUGUUGCCAGAAGGUUAAAGGCAUGUGCAGGGCUGGGAGAGUGACUGGACUAAGGAUUCUGUUGUAAAGAUGCCAUAUUAAAGUGUAUAUUAAUCACA